AUGGCCUCUGAAAUCCCCCGUCGACGGAUCCUCAUCGUAGGGGCAGGUGCCGCAGGAAUGGCUGCAGCAUUUACGUUUUCGCAGCAUCCAGACAAGUUCGAGGUCAGGGUAUACGAACGAAGCUCCCAACCUGGUGGAAUGGCGACCUCGUUUCCAAUCGACCGUACGAAGUACGGUGCAGACUACAUCAACGACGGAGUCCAAGGCGCGAGCCCUGUGUUCCACAACACGUUCGCCAUGUUCGACAAGCUGGGAUUUAAGUCCUCCGAAGUGGAUAUGCAAGUUAGCUUUGGGAGGGAUGCAGAGACGGAGUUCUGGAGCAACGUCUUCCCAAGUCGUGUUAUUGACCAGUACAAGAAGGACAUAAAGCGCUUUGGACGUGUUCUGAAGAUUAUCAAGGUUUUGGAGCCCAUCUUUGCUCUCAUAUCCGUGAGCACGAUGUUAAGAAUGUUUGGUUUCUCGAAGGAUUUUGGCGAUGUCAUCGUCUUUCCUCUGGUAGCCUUAUUCUUCGGAACUGGAAACCAGACCCCGUUCAUCUCGUCAGCCAUUCUCGAACGCGUGUUUAUGGACCCCAACAUGCGCCUCUUUGAAUACUCCCCAGAGUCUUUCCUUGCCUCAGUUCCGAAGAUGCGAGCGUUUCCUCGUCUCUCGUACAUUUACAACACAUGGAAAGAAUUCGUCGAGUCCGAGAGUAGGGGAAGUGUCAAGGUCAUCACCAACCGCGAGGUCAUCCGCAUCAAGAGGCUCUCCGAUGCGAAGAACGCCUCCGACUCGGUCGAGGUAUGGAGCAGGGCGACGAAGGGCACUAAUGUUGACCAAGAGGUUGUCGAUCCUGGCGAAGAAGAGAAGGAAGUCUUUGACGACAUGAUUCUGUGCGUCGACGCGGAUUCUGCCUUGAAGAUCCUCGGAGACGACGCUGGUUGGCUGGAACGAAAGAUUCUGGGCAACGUUAAGUACCUCUGGGAUGUUACAGUUACCCACAGCGAUCAGGACUAUAUGGAGAAGUAUUACCGUGUCGCCUACGAUCCCUCUCUCGAGUCCCAAGUCGGCCGCGACUCUCCUGAGAAGCAGGAACGAUUCAAGUUCGCCAAGGAGAAUUUCCGUCCGUUGUAUUUCAUCCGUAGCCACCCCGAAGACAAGAAGAAGAUCGAGAUGAGCUUUGACCUAUCCGUCUAUCAGCCUCAGUUCGACGGGGAGUCGCCAUUCGGUCCAGAUGGAAAGCCCGUCAUUGGGCCAUUGUUGUCGGAAGCACCGAACGCAGAGUCAAGCUCGAAGGAUGUGUCGACCGACAAGAAACGCGUCUAUCAGACCAUCUUUCUUGACCACGCUCCUGAAAGCUCGAAGCUUUGGUCGAAAGGCGACAUCAACCAGGAUGAGAUCAUCCUCGAGAAGUGGUGGAAGCAGCAGAGCCAUCGAUGGCAGCAUUACGCAGGGACGGUGCCGUGGAUGGGUCUGAUCAAUGGACGGCGUCAUACCUAUUUUGCUGGUGCUUGGACCGUCCUUAACAUGCACGAAAUCGCAAUUGUAUCUGGGUUCGGCGCAGCCUACCAACUCGGAGCGUCGUACCCAUUCACCAAUAAUCCAGAGUGCAAACGACUCUUCGCCCUCUGCUUGGCCGCGAAUCAUAUGUCCAGGAUGAGGAAGGACGAUCGAGCGGGCUUCUGGUCCUAA